AUGACAUAUAAUGAUGGCUCAAGAGAAACAGGAUGCUUUGACUUAACAUGUCCUGGUUUUGUACAAAUCAGCCAUGAAAUAGCACUUGGUGCUGCUAUAUAUCCAAUAUCAACUCAAAAUGGCCUUCCAUUUUCAAUUACUAUUUAUAUCUACAAGGAUUUAAAUACUAGCAAUUGGUGGCUACAAUAUGGAGGAACAAUCAACAUAGGAUAUUGGCCAUCAAAGAUAUUUGAUGGUGGACUAAAAUAUCAUGCAACAAUAGUUCAAUGGGGUGGUGAAGUUUAUAGCAAAAAUGUGAAAACAAUUCAUCCACAUACAAAAACACAAAUGGGAAGUGGACAAUUUCCAGUAUAUAUAUUUGAUAAUACUGGAUUUAUGAAGUAUAUGAGAAUUCUUGAUAAUGCAAUGGCGUUGAAGUUCCCACAAAUUGUUAAUGUUUAUUCAGAGGAAUAUGAUUGUUAUAGGACUCAAUAUAUGGGUGAUUAUACUGAGGAACCUGAAUUUCACUUUGGUGGACCUGGAAGAAAUCCAAUUUGUCCUUGAAAUUUUAAGUCGACCUUCUUGAUAUGAAAAUGAAAGCCGGCCCUAAGAAAGAUCCAAAGACGUUUAAGUCCAGUUUUAAUCUGGAUGAGAUUCUUGCCCAACUUUCUUUCGGCUUAAAAGGGUUCUGGUGAGAAUGGGAAUCAGUUCGGAACUCUAGGGAUAUGGGCGUUUAUAUGGGAUAUAGCUAAUAUAAUGUUGAGUUUAUUAUUGUGUUGUAAAAGUUGAUUUAGAUUUAAUCUAAUUUGUCCUUGAAAUUUUAUUUGAUAUCAUUAUAUGGGAUAAAACUCCAGACCCCACGCU